GUAUGUAGUUUUUGCGUUUUGGCCUAGCGUUUUGCAAAUAGCUGUAAUUCGAUGGACACAACACAUAUGGUGAGUUCAAAGGACCCGGCUGGCGCUGGCGCCAUUACGAUUUCGUAAUUUCAAACUAAGUUCGAAUGUUUGCUAUUCUCUCUUUACACCGUCGUGACACGUUUAAACUGAUAUGAUCUAUGAUGCAUUAGUACAUGUACUCCCGCAUAUGAUAAUCUGGUUCAAUUGAGACACGUUCCUAGCCUUAGCCAUCCGCCUCAUACGCCAUUGAUCAAAGGCUACAAUGUUACCCUUCCCAGAUGGCCUGUGCCUCCCCAUAGCUAGGGUACCACUCACAACUGAGACCUUCGCUUCUGGUGUCCUUCCACCAGUCGUAUGUUACUUCACCACAGCUUGUCUUGUCUUGCUGCCCCGAACGCAGCCAGUCCGCAUUGCCUUAUGGCCCAUCACGGCGAUCCUCACAUUUCGCGCUGCGACGUCGCUAGAUAUGUCCAUGGGGCAACCGAAACUCAACUUUUUGAAUAUCGACCUGCAAUUAUCAAUGUUUUGUAUUGCUGCACGCACCCUUGAAUGGACGGUGCAGACAAAACCUUUUAUUCGCGUGGCUCGGCGAUCGUCAAAGCGAAAUUCCGUGCUCGACGCACUUGAUUUGGCAUGCAACCUUCGAGGUUGUGGCUGGGACUGGUCGCAGGGACUGUAUGUUCCGUUUGAGACACAUUCUACAUCCUCACCAUUGGUCUUUGCUAUGUCCGCCCUCGUCUCCGAUCUAAAGCACUCAUUUCUUUGCGGCGCCAUUCACUCUGCCGUACAGUCUUUUUCACCAGAUACAUUUGGCUCUGUCGAUGGUGGUACCAUCUUCGACGAGUCACUUCCCCCGCAUCUCCGCUAUCUACAGUCGAGCACCAUAGCAACGUUAUGCGCAUUCGGCAUCUAUUCAGCACUCCAAGCCGGCUACGAACUCACCGUAGUUCUUGGCGUACUGUUAUUCAGGCAACAUCCAGACCAAUGGCCCCCCUCAUUCGACUCUCCUUGGCGCUCCACCUCUCUCAGAGAAUUCUGGAGCCGACGUUGGCACCAGUGGUUCCGUCGGUUAUUCAUUUUCCUCGGUGGACACCCACUUUCUAUGCUCUUUGGACGCGUCGGGGGCGUCAUAGGCGCGUUCCUCGUCUCUGGGUUUUUUCAUCACCUCGCACUAUUUGCCAUUGACCCGUCCUCGGAGAUGUGGCGCAUGCUGCUGCCAUUUGUAAUGAUGGGUGCUGGCGUGAUUAUCGAGCGUGCUGUCGCGGGGAAUAAGACAGGUGGCUGGAUGGGAUGGAUCUGGACAAUGUGCUGGCUGGUGUUGUGGGGGAACAUGAUAGUGGACGGGUGGGCAAGAGCUGGGAUGCUUGGGGGUUCGAGCAUUUUGGAUAGUGCGACGCCUGUAAGACAACCGAUUGAGCGGCUGGUGAGGACGUUUGAUGAGUAUCUGCAUGCAUGUUAGCAGAAAGUCACAGUGGUAAAAAUUUGCAGGUAUUGAUCGAAUAGCUGAGUAUACAAGCGCAGCUAGUCCAAUGUAGAAUUAUGAAUGUCGGUGAAUUACGCCCAUCAAAAUACGUACUCA